AUGCGCGCGACCACCCUCCUCUCGGCGCUCUUCGCAGCGACCCUCGCCGCCGCCGAAACGCGCCUUGCAAAGGUCUACAUCGAACCCGUCUCGCCCACACCGCAGACGCCUGUCCUUCUAGCCGAGGUUGAGUACGACGCCAAGCAGCCCGCCGACGCCAGCGUCACCUCCUUCGAGGCGCCCGACCUCGGAGCCGGCGCCAACGACAGCCCGGCCCCUAAGCUCGUCCGCAUCGGCGUCUUCGACCCCUCAACGUCAGAGUGGACCUCAUCUGUGUCUGUGGCGUCGACGGAGAACUUUGCCAAGGGGUACGCGCCCAACAUCAUACUCAACGUGGACGGCGUCUCGGGGGACGUCGUGGGUGCCGGGCUCAAGGGCGUACGGAUCGAUGCGGGUGCGACGAGGGAUUUCGGCCCGCAGGCUGUCGUGCGGGUCGGCGUGCAAGGGAAGACGCCCGAGCUGAACAAGCCGAUUGUUCUGAGCCCCGAGGGUAGGAAGGUCGUCCAGGAGGAGAAGCCGCUCUGGUUAAAGUACUGGUGGGUGAUUGCCAUUGUCGUGCUGAUGACGGUUACGGGUGGGGGAGAAGGAAAAUAG